AUGGACAUCAUGGUGGAAGGGCCGCAGUCGAGUCAAGUGGCGGGGAUGUUGCACGAGAGAGAAAUACCGUUUGCUAUAGCUAUUGGAGACCUUAGUGCUAUGAUCGAGAAGGAACAAGACGUCAAUAAAAAGGCUAGACGUAACGCUGACAGUGGAACUAUGGAUUGGAAAAGUUAUCACCGUCUGGAAGUAAUCUAUGCGUUUAUGGACGACUUGGCGGCUCUCUAUCCGUAUUUAUGUUCUGUAAGCGUUAUUGGCAAGUCGGUGGAAGGAAGAGAUUUACGGAUGUUGAAGAUAUCAAACGGUGACAGUGGUAACACAGGAGUGUGGAUCGACGGAUCUAUCCACCCCCGAGAGUGGAUUAGUGCGGCAGUAGUGACGUACCUCGCAGACCAGCUCGUACGGACCUUCCACGAACAGCCAGAUAGCGUCACUAAUAAAGACUGGUACAUACUUCCAGUUUUGAAUCCAGAUGGAUACGAAUACACGCACACAGACGACCGCAUGUGGCGUAAAAACAGAGCGCAGUAUGGAGAAUGUAUGGGUGUAGAUCUGAAUAGGAAUUUCAGUUAUGGUUGGGGCGAAAAAGGUGAAGAAGGUUCUUCAGAAGAUCCUUGUAACAUAUUUUACAGAGGUCCAAAACCGUUUUCAGAACCAGAAACAGCAGCUGUCAAAAAAGUGAUAUUAGAAUCAGGGACAGAUUUUAAAGUAUUUCUUUCGCUUCAUAGUUACGGAGAAGUUAUAAUAUUUCCUUGGGGAUAUACUGCUGAUCCGUGUCCCGAUUAUGUGGAAUUGCUUGAAGGUGGUACUGCUAUGGCUAAGGCUAUAUUUGAUACCAGUGGCCAUACUUACAAAGUUGGGAGUACAAAAGAUCUCAUGUACUACGCUGCUGGUACCAGCAUUGACUGGAGUUACGCUGUAGCCAGCAUCCCAUACUCCUAUAUGAUUGAACUAAGAGGAAAAACACACCGAUUUCUUUUACCAAAAGAAGAAAUUAUUUCUACCGCCAAAGAAACAAUGAGUGGAAUAACUAGACUUAUGGAUUUCGUCGACAAAAGAUGUCGAAGUACGCAGUCGUGUGUUUGUCCAAAAUCAUAAUGACAGAAGAAAAAUGAUAAAAUAUCCCUAAUAGAAAAUUGUAAAACAAAUAUCAAGUUAAUGUAAUU